UUUUUAUGCUAAUUACAUUCUAAAACCCAGCUGUAUGCAGCAGUAGUAGUAAGGCAUGCGCAGUGUGUAAAAAGACAACGGCGAAGAUUCAAAGUUUUUGUUCGGUUUCCCAUUGAUCAUCAUGUUUGGUUUUCACAAGUCGAAAAUAUAUCGCAGCCAUGAAGGAUGUUGCAUUUGCAAGACCAAGUCCUCCAGUUCACGCUUUACUGACAGCAGCAGAUAUGAAGAAACCUUCAGGCUAUGUUUUGGGUUGUCAGAGGAUCGUGUGGGAGACAUCUGCAAUGCCUGUGUGCUGUUAGUAAAAAGAUGGAAAAAACUGCCAAAAGGCUCUAAGAAGAACUGGAACCAUGUUGUGGAUGCAAGAGCUGGGCCUGGCUUCAAGCUAACCAAACCCAAGAAGAUGAAGAACAGUGAUGGGAAGAAGAAAAGCAAGCUGAAGAGGCUUCACAAAUUCAAAAGACAAAACUCUGAUGCCCACAGCACGACCUCAAGCAUGUCUCCAUCCCAGUCCCCCAGUUACGAGUCAGAUGACGGCUCAGACGUGGAGUCCAAACAGAGGCGCCCCACUCCUUCUGUCUUUUCCUUCCUGGACCGUUCUUACUGGAAAAGGCAAAAGGUGUGCUGUGGGAUUGUCUACAAAGGGCGUUUUGGUGAGGUGAUGAUUGACCCACGUCUCUUCAAGCCAUGCUGCAGCUCUAAGAAGCAGGAGACGUUGGUUCCCCUUCCUGCCAUUCACCCACCGCCUCUCCCGCUACCGGAGGCCCUGAAAGAGGACUGGUGAUGGCUCUUGAGCACCCCCUUGGGGUGUCAAUGGCACCCUACAAGUUGUCUCCAGUGGCAGACUACCCCCAAAAUCAUUCCCUAUUAGUUCACUGUGCAUUUAGACGGCUAAAUGAUUUUCCUAUUUUUGCUUUGUUGUGUUUAUUUUUUUAUUUUAUUAUAUAGAAUUAAUGUUCAUAUUUUUUUACAGAAAACUAAAAAGAACCAAAAAAAUUGUUUUGAUAAAGGCAUUAGUUGUACUAUUUAUAGGAUGAGGAGGCAGAAUUCUAUUUGGCCUUGAAGGGCACACUAUCCAGGUCUGAUUUAAUUUGGUUUGCAACGUUUAAAGCUUAUUUUCUGUGUUACGGUUACCAGCAUUUGUAUAUAUUAUGUUCAUUUUGCCAGCAUCAAGUCUGUUCUUUUUUAAUUCUUUUUUUACAGCUGUCUAAUUGGCAAUGAAGUGUUCAUGUGCUGGUAUGCAAGACUCCGCCAGCUAGAUUUCUAAAACCAGCUUAUUUGCAUUGAUGGAAUGGACAUUUUAAGUGUUUUCUUAUACUUGUGUUCCCCUGACACUCAAGCAGAGGUAUUAGAUUUAUAGCAUCUUAAUAUAUAAAGGGCUAUGGGCUAUGAGAGUUAGGGGUCUUCAGUGAGUUUAUACAGUAUGAAUGGCCUUUUAAAUGUAUACAUGCAUGCGUUGUCUCACUCUUUCCCACACAUUCAUGGUUUGGCAAGCACUGAGUAGGAUUGUACAUUGUCAGAUUUGUAAACACUCCGUAUCAUGAGCUUAUCAAUUGCUUUUCCAGCAAUUUCAUGCAAGUGAAUCACAUUAGAUUGAGUUAACCCAAGCAUGCAGAACUCAUCUUUGCCUUGGAAUGAAAACCAGCAAUUAUUUAUUUGUCAUUUGUAUAGUCUUCCAUGAAAUGAAAAUGCACAUUUUAUAACCAUAUGUUGAAGUGUUCUUGUAUAUACACUUGUGAGUGUUUUGUCCUUUUGGCCAUGAGAACCAUUUUAAAUUACAGGUUUGACAACUCUUUUUAAACCACUAAGUGUGUACAGAUACGAAAAUAUUUAGAUUGAGGCAUUAUUUUAUGGCAUCACUUGCAUUCAUUGGCCAAUAAGUGGCUAGCCUAAUCCCCAAGUUUGUUACAAGACUUCAGGAGGGUUGUGUUGGGUAAGGCACAAUGCAGCAAAGAUUUUGCAACCGAAUAAGAAAAUUAGCUUUCUGUUAUUGGAAAACUUCUGGCAGUAACUGUUUUGUGCCUGCUGAAUACCACCCAUAUCUUUGUCCUCGGAGAUGAGUUGAAGGCCACAGGAUGAAGGCAAAAGCAAUACUUACACUAUUCAUGUUCUGUGUUUGUUGGCAUCUUGAUAUUCUGUUAUUGAACGUGUAUUUUAUGUUUUUUGUUUUGUUUUGUUCAUCUACAGAAAGCAAAUCAAAGCUGAGACUAUGCAGACAUUUUGAAUGUGAGAAAUGACCUAAAUGUUAAAGGAGCAAUGUUUGUAAGUCCAUCUCCGCCUCUUAUGUUAUUACCAAAUUGUUUUUCAGUGGUUUGUUUAAAA